CUGAGCCGCUGGGUCUUCUGAGCUCCUCCAUGCUUUUUCCUCUGCAGGUCAAGCCUUCCUUCAACCCUCCCGCCUUGCACACCUAAAGGACGAUCGGUCCUGGGCGGCCCCCUUCCCUUCGGUGAUUCUGUACCCUCCCGCCAAAGCCCCUGGUAGGAAACAUCUUUUGGGCUCCUUGGUGAUGACAGAAGGUGUCUUUGAGUCCUGGCCCCCAUGACAUCCAAAGACAAAGCUGUGGUGUCCUUGCCAGUUUCUCCCUGGGAUGCCAUCCUUGAGGCUGCCAAAGACCAGCUGCCAUCUCUGGAUUCAGACUCGUCCCUGUCUGACUGUGAGGAGGAAGAAGAGCCCUUCAUCUUUCAGCGGAACCAGCCCGUCCUGAUUCCAGACCUGACUGAGGAGCUGGCUGAAGACCCUGUUGGUGUCGAUGAGUCUGGGACCUGGGUUACUGCAGGGAGGAGUCCUUCACCUGAGCCACUUCUGAUUCCUGGGAGAUUAGCCAUAGAACCCAGAAGGGAAUGGAUGGUAAGAUCAAAGGACUUGGCCCAUCAGGAAAGAAGAGACCCUGGCUCGUCCUGCUGUGUCAAGAGCAGCCCAGUCCUUGUGGAUGCUGAGUCGCACACCUGGCUGGAAGGCAGCCUUAGAAGCCUGUCUAACCCCAGAGGAUCCCUGAGUCCUCCAUGGUGUUCCCAGGGAGAAGAAGCCAUCAUUCCUUCAGCAGGAGAGCUGAAGACAGAGCCCUCAGAUACUGAUCAUAGAAAUUCUGCAAAGCACAGAGCCCUCCGCAGGGAGAGGAGGAAGAUGAUAGAGAGAGAUAUCCUUCAGAAAGUGACCCAGGCUGCUCAGAGCCCAGCCUAUGGUGACCAAAGCCAGGCUGCAGAGGUAGGACUCCAGCAAGAAGCAACCUCGGAGCAGUCUCAGGAAGGAUGGCCAGUUCUCUCCCUCAAGCCACUUGAAGGUUGGGACUUGGAUUCUAUCCUUCAGAGUCUGCCAGGGCGACAAGACAGCCAAGGUGACAGUGCAUCUAGAAGUGCAUGGUGGUUAGCUGACUGCUGCCAAGACCAAGGACACAGCUCUGGACCCUCCCAGGACAUGCUCCUGGAACAGCUGGCCCUCCUGUGUGCCACUCAGCCCAGAGUCCGCAACCCUACCUGGAAAGCAUCUUCUGACGUGCUCCGAGACACGCAAGAACAGGCCGCCGGAACCAGAAAUGCUUCAGCAGAGCCUGGCUUUCAAACUGAGCGAAUCCAGAAACUAGCAGAGAGUAGGAGGCUGAAGACAGAACCUCCCACUGUCUUCAUGGACCUGCGGCAGACAGAGCCGUCAGAACCAGAACGCCAGCCCCAGGAGAGCUCUGAGCAUAGCUCCUCUGAAAGUGAGGAGGAGGAAGUGGAGUCAGCUGGCUCGGCACAGGCGGCAUCUUCCUGGGAACGGAGGUACUGUACUGGGAAGAGCCAGCUUCUUCAGCAGCUGAGGGAGUUUCGGAAGGGGGUUAUCCCACCCCAGCGGUCUGCCAGUGACAGUCCUGGAGGCCAAAAGACUCAGGCCCCAGAAGACACAGCUGGAGCACAAACUCGGAGAAAGAAGCACAUAAAACUCUGGGCUGAGAAGCAGAAUGCCCUAGAUCUAGGGGACCCUCUUGGGACACAGCUGCUCCCUGGUUUGGGGCAGCUGUAGACAACUCAAGUAAAAGACCUGAGAAGCAGGUUGGAUGGCAGGCUUUCUACCACACAGCCCUUGCGGCCUCUCCAGUCUGCUUGUUUCUAACAGCAUGGGCUUGGGGGCUGGGACCCUCAGUCUACACCCCAUGCAGCCAGCUCAAGCAUAGUUAAACCUUUGCUGUGGCAUUGGCAACUGCAUCCGGGGCCUCUCCCGAUCCCAUAUUUAAACACAUUUAUAGUUUCCUAUAGAAAAUAUCCCCAGGUUCCUGGAUUCUUGGCAUUUCAUGUACACACCCAUACAGAUCUGAUGGAAAGGGAGCAAAAACUGAAAUUUGCAAUCUCUCUCUUUUUACCCGAGACACAAAAGCACACAUAGGUUUCAGGCCACUCCAAAUUAAAGGUGGCACCAAUCUUUGCUAGUCUGAAUGGAAUACCAUACUUCCCGGGAGUUCUAACACUGUGAAAUGCAGUGGUACCCAGUAACAGCUAUGUGAUCAGCCAAGACCUGGUGCUCAUGGGACACCUGAGCUUCCUCCACCUGGUUACUUUGCAAGCCUGGCCCCACCACCAACACCCCGCAGACUCCAUCUUUAGGACCUUUUUGUACCUGCUCUCUCAGCCCCUUUGGUUUCCUGCCACCUCAUCUCCCAAGAGUCUGCCCCAGACUGUUCCAUGAAAGAACAGAGAAACCACUAUGGAGGCAGGGCAUGGUGGCGUGGGAGGGGACUUGGCAUUUAACAGUGCCACUGCCAGCUGCCGGCUGCUGAAGAUAGGCAAGAAUCUGUGUCAGACUUUGAGCCACACAAAUGUCAGGUCCUAUGGCAAGUCACUAGUAGGCAGCAUCAAGCCCACAUAAUCCUGUCCACAAACCCCGUUUGAUGUGGCUGCAGGGGAUGCUACCAUAGUCCCAAUCCCAAGACAUGUCCUAAGUCAGACCUCCACCAAGACCACAGGUAGCCUCCCUGUACGUGGGAGCCAGCCUGCUCUGCCCAGGUACUGAGGUCCCAUGCUUGAACUCCAGAACAGUGUGACUCCUUCCUCUGCCCAGCAGCCUUCACUUCAACCACUUGGGCAAGAGCAAAGGCGCCCACUGUUCCCAAGCCCACACUUUCCCAGCUCACUACACAUAAUGUUAGAAAGCUUGCUGAGAAUGACUCACAGUGACAGAAAAUAAACUCUACUGCAGUUUCAGCUGCUCCUAGGAAUCACUGGCUUUCAGGAAAGCUGCAGGGUGGUAGUGGGCAAGCAGAUCAGUCCAAAGCCAGAGUCUGUGGGUUUUCUUCCCUGAAAUUUCAAAGAUCCCCAACAGGGUCUUACCCAGUCAGGUCCCUGUUGUUACUUAAAGUGACAUAACCGCUAACUGCAUCAAGCCUAGACCAGUUCUAGAAAGAGAAAUGGAAACAAGCUUCGCUCCACAGUCUGUUACCAAGUCUACAAACUCAGACUCUUUGGGAACAGAUGAUGUUGCCUCUCUAGCCACAUGCCUGCUCAUUAUACAGGGAGCUCUGGCUUUGUGUGCCGUGUGCUAGCUCUGCUGCAAUGAAUCUCAUGAGUGGUUGGCUGCAUCUAUUCUCAUCCUAUGAUUCUUUAUUUGAUGGACAAAUGGAUCUGUGGAAGGAGAGCUAGCAGGUCUCUAAUCCUCUGCUCCUACCCGGGUGUUAGUAUGUACCACAUGCUUUCAAUGGAGCUACUUCCCCACCCUUUAGUCUUGAUUUACAGAACACAUGGGUUACUUAGGUGAUGCAAUUUGUGCUUGUAAAGUAACAACUAACAAUAAGGGAUCAGGCAAAGAAGACCAGGAGAAGCCAAGACUCAGCAGGAAAUGCUCUCUUGUUUAUAGAUCCUUACAUACGCCACAUGACAUUAUUGACUUUAAACAUGGUUUCUGGGCUUUUUCUUUCUUUCGAAGCAUGUUUUGAAUUUUCUUGACUUUGUUUUGCUGUAUUUUCUCCAAAUAAUUGCCAUACUAGCACUUCAAAAUUUGGACUCAGUCCUACCUAAUUAACAACUGCUGGCAAUCGUCAUCAUUGUCGUCAUCAUCAACAUCAUCACUUCUUUUUUUUUUUUCUUUUGGUUGUAAACCUUUAUUACAAUUACUGUUACAAAACAAGAUGAGGACAGGAAACAAAGAUGGGUAGCUUUUAAGGUUAAUAAAAGAACAAAGUGAAGACCCACCUUACAUUACCACAAAUAAAUAUUAUCAGUAUUAUAAAUAUUAAACCAGUUACAUCUAGGAAUGAGUGUGGCUCCCAUUGCAGGUACCUAAAGACCACUGAUGUUCCUAUUCCAAUGUAAAAUUCAUAGGUUCUUUAUUAUGAGCUCAGGAACAAGGUCUCUCAGUCUCUCACCAUGGAAGCAGCUCAUAGUGAUAGCCCAGGGUAUAGGGGUUAAGGGUUUUUAUUGUGGUUGUAGUAAACAUGGGGAAUUUCCAUAUAGGUAAGUAAGUUAAUAGUUUAAAAACUGCAUUUCUGGCAUAAUCUGCAGAAACCAAAC